GCAUCUUUUCUUACAAAGAAGCUAAAUAUUGGUGGGAAAAGAGUAAACCUUGCAAUAUGGGAUACAGCUGGUCAAGAAAGAUUUCAUGCAUUGGGGCCAAUCUACUACAGGGAUUCCAAUGGCGCCAUUCUAGUAUAUGAUAUAACAGAUGAAGACUCUUUUCAAAAGGUAAAAAAUUGGGUUAAGGAAUUAAGAAAAAUGUUGGGAAAUGAAAUCUGUUUAUGUAUAGUAGGUAACAAAAUAGACUUGGAAAAAGAGAGACAUGUUUCAGUGCAAGAAGCAGAAACGUAUGCUGAAUCUGUUGGAGCAAAACAUUAUCAUACUUCAGCUAAACAGAACAAAGGAAUUGAAGAACUUUUUCUUGACCUUUGUAAAAGAAUGAUAGAAACUGCUCAAGUGGAUGAAAGAGCAAGAGGCAAUGGUUCCAGCCAGUCAGGAGUAGCAAGGCGAGGUGUACAGAUCAUUGAUGAUGAGCCACAAGUACAGAGCAGUGGAGGGUGCUGUUCUUCUGGAUAAUUAUAAAACUGUGCAUCACUGCCCUCUCAAUAUGAAGACUGCCAUAUUCCAAGUCACGUGUUCUUUACCAAUGGAGUAAUAGAAUUAACAGUAUUUAAAAGUAAUCACAUGUAACACUGCAGAGACCUUAAGUGCUAAACUAGUGGCAUCUGUGACCAGAGAAUUGGCAUUUUCUACAGUGGUUAACAAAGCAAUUACCAAUGGCCUUUUUACAUAUUUUUCUUUAAUGAGGAAUAAUAUGCAUGUAGAAAAGACCUACUUAAAGGCUUCAUUUAUAUUCUUUUAAAUCAGAUCAUUAUUUAAUAACUUAUAUACAUUGUUGUUGGAAUGGUAUACAUUUUGCAGCUCUUUGUAUUUCGUGGUAGAUCGAAUUGUAUCACUUCUAAAAUGCAAAUUGAUUUUUUUUUUUUUUUUUUUUUUUUAAAUUAGCAGAUAUCUGAAGUAAUAUUUUUGCAGGGCCUCCACAAGCCUAUAAUUGUCAACUACUUUGAUAUAUUCUGUUCAUCCUGUAUGCCAAGCUGGUAGAAUACAUUGUAAAUUACAUAUUAAAUACUUUAUCUGCUUUUACAAUUGCAGGUGCAGAAAUAUGUACAUCAGUCUUGUCAGUGGUUGUGAAGUGAAUAAGUCAGUGAAAGAUGCAAGCUUUUCAUGUGUAUUGUUGAACUGUUCAUUCUAUUCCCCUACCUGAAAACAGCUUUUUUUUUUCUUGGUACAUUCAUAGC